CUGCUCUUUACCUUUAGCUAUCAAAUAAACCUUUACAUUGACUGAUUAGACCGAAGAUUUGAUCGACAGUUAUAAUUCAAAAGAUUCGAUAUAUUAUUGACAUUCAUAUGAGUAUAUUGAGGUGAUUUUGCUCUUAGUUGCAUCAUAUCAAGCCCAUUCUUUAUAUCUGUUGGUUAAACUGACCAACAAAUCUAAUUAGUAACCUAACUUUCACUCAUUUUGAGGACGAAAUUAUGUUCAAAUCUAGCGCGACAAAAGAUGAACCAGCCUUUAUUCGUGUUACAACCUGCGAUACCAUGGGAAUAUCUCGGAGCAAAGUUGUUCACAGAGACACUUAUCCUCAGAUAAAGAAAUCUGGACUGAGCAUUCCAAACGUGACAUGCAUCUUGUCUUCUGAAAGCAUUCCGGCCGAUUACCCAAAAAUCAGCGACGCAGGGUAUCCAGAUGUCUUCAUAAUUCCAGAAGCCGACACCUGGCAUUUAUGUCCUUGGUCGGGCUCGAAAUCGGGUCGUAAAAUAGCCCAGGUAUUCGGAGAAAUGCACCAAAAAGACAAAAAUUCUACACCGUGCGGGUUCGACCCGCGGGUUGUCUGUAAAAAGCUCCUCGGAUCUCUGGAAAAAGAAUUCGGUUUGAGUCUGUACUCAGCACUCGAGUACGAGUUUGCUAUGGCCAAGGAUGGCAAGCCUGUUACUUCAAAGAUGCAUAUAUACUCACCCGUAGGUCUGAAAGCAACUGAGGAUUUUUGCUUCGAAGUUUCGGACCGGCUUGAAAAAGCGGGGGUUCUUCUUGAAACUAUAAUGCAUGAACACGGACAGGGACAACUUGAACUAACUAUGAAGCCUUAUUGGGGAAUCAAAGCGGCCGAUCAUGCUUUGAUGUACAAACAAUGUGUGAAAGAGACUGCCAUUGACCUUGGAUUCCGGGCGACGUUCAUGUGUAACCCAUGGCUCGCGGUCCAAAGUGGGGGUCACUAUAAUUUCUCCCUCUGGAACAAAUCUGGAACCAACGUCUUCACCGAUGACUCAGACUCUGAUGGCUUAUCUGACCUGGCUAAAAACUGGAUUGCGGGUGUGUUGGAACAUGCGCCAGCUAUAACUGCUUUAGUAUGUCACACUAAUAACUGUUACAACAGGUUCUAUGAGGGAGGUUUUGCGCCGUACCAUAUUUGCUAUGCUGAAGAGAACAGAUCCUCAUUGGUAAGAGUGAAAAGAUCUGAGUCUUCGGGAACAUACUUGGAAUACAGGGGAGGGGGAGCUGCUGCCAAUCCAUAUCUUGUCUUGUCGGCUAUUUUGGCUGCAGGGAUUGAUGGUUUGCGCAAGAAGCUAACGCCUCCCCCUCCUGGUUUUAAUGAAGAAAAAGAGAUCCCGCGAAAUCUGGAUACAUCACUGAAUGCUCUUGAACAAGACCAAGUCAUGUGCGAAAUGAUUGGCGAAGAUCUGAUCACGCCUUUUCUGUUGCUGAAGCGCCAACACGAUCUGAACAAAACGACACUGGAGGCGCAAAUCGAAAGCUAUGCAGACCUCAUUUGAAGUUGAGAUGAUAAACAAAAAAAGAAAACUAAAAAUCAAAA